AUGAACCACCGCAGAGGAUCUACACCCGCGAAAAGUGCUCACAAGCCAAGGCACUGGCAUUUAGGUGCAACCCUGCUCUGCUUCCUCAUCGUGAGAAUAACCACCUUUUACGUAAUACACAUUCUUCAAGGAAGUGAAUACAAAUACAUUGACCAGUUAAUAACUCUUGAAAGAGAAGGGAGUCCCCAUGGAGGACGUCUUUCCUCCCACCCAGGACGGGGGACACAUUUCCACUCUGAACAAAUCAGCAAUACAGAACAUCUACAAGAGUAUUUUCAAAAAAACAAACGCAAUGGAAAGCUAAAACAGUUUUUAAUAAAAAAUGAUUCCAUGCAUUAUUCGUUUAACUCAGACUUGUACAAUUUGAAGUACCUCUACGAAAGUGAUGUGUUGGGACGGCUCAAUGCAGAUGUGUACUCCUCCCUGACUGUGCGCGUCAACCCCCUGAUGCUGAAGGCGCUACAGUUUGUCCUCUUACGGGGGAUUCCUCUAAGAGGGGGGGGCGGCAAAGGGGAUAAAAGUGGUGAACGUGGUCAACGCGACAAACGAGAUGCUUCCCACAGGGUUGCCCCCCUCUCGCUAAACACACCUGAACUGCGCUUCUUCCUCCUCAUAUGCGCUGUCGACCUGCUCAUAGGCGUCCUGCUAUUCCUAAUAGCUCAACGCCUGGCGACGUGGGAAGCCUACUUCCUCUAUGUUAACCAAGACACGCGGGAUAUGCAGUGGAACAUAAUCGACCCCAUUUUACUAGCCAACAUCUACCUGAACAAUCCCCUCACGAUAAUUUCCAACAGCUUCCUCUCGUUUGAUAAUUUUAAGCUCCUCCUAAUAACCACGUCUUUUUAUUUGGCCCUUAGAAGGAUUAGAAGCGAAGCCUCACCUCCAGACACGUCUACACCAAACCUUAUUGCAACUCUCUUUGUAAAUGCCAUGCUGCUCUACGUUACUUCAUUUCACUUCAUCCUUGUUCUCACCGGCGUAAAUAACCUGGUGGUGUACUUCCACCAAGGGAUAAUGUACAAGCACAAACUUAAGGAGCCACUGACCCUCCUACAAAUGCUUCUAAUCCUUCUGCAAAUUUUGGCUUUGCUCAUCGCGACGCUGGGUAUAUAUGGCCUCCUCCUGUUGGCUUCCGCUUACGUCAACUCGGGGUCUUGGUCCUUCCUAAACAACACACUAAUUAAUGAAUACAAGGUCCUCUUCCUGCUGCCCAAUUUGGGAAAUUACUGGUACCUCUUUUCCACGAUGUUCCGGGACUACUACCACUCCUUCUUGUUCCUCUUCCAUUUCCACGUGUUCCUCUACCCCCUCCCUCUCCUGUUCCGCCUUGUGAAGACGCCACUGAUUUAUUUAAAAAUAAUGAUUUGUAUUGCUUUGGUUUUUCAUCCCAACAUCACAGUGAACGACAUUGUGUUUUGUUUGCUGCUGCUUGUAAUAGACUACAAAAGGACAGUUCAUGCUAUCCCCUUUGCCAAAUUGAUAAUUAUACUGCUGGGAAAUUUGGGACUUUUCUUUGUCACAACAAAUUUGUGGUUGCGCAAAAAUACGGGCAAUGCCAACUACGCCUUUUUUAACCAGUUGAUCGUUUUCAACAUAACGACUUUUAUCAUAACAAGUAGCAUAAAAUUUUACAUCCGCGUCCAAACGCCGGAGACACAACUGCAGGAGGGGAAAUGUAUCGUCGUAUCGACGGAGAAAAAAAAGUUUAACCUUUUUCAAACUUUGAAGGAGACCUUCGUGUAG